AUGGCUUUUGAAUUUUUUGAGAGCCGCACAGAGACUUGCAUGGCCUUUUGCAUGUUCUGGCGUGUUUGGGCGAACUUCCAUUGCCCAGACGCUGAUACGAAUCCUGGUCAGCCGCCUUCUGGAAUGCCAGACGGCCGCAGCUCCCCUGACAAUAUCCAGCCAGGGUUGCAUGAUUCCAUGAUUCCGAUACGCCUGUGGGAGAUCUACUUGCGUAGAUGGCAGUCUUGCUUCUUUCCCUUUCCGGUGCAAGGUUUUCCUGGAAGCGCUUUAGCCAAGCCAAGCUUCCAUGUCCUUGUGAAGCAAAAUCUGAAGCGGGUUGGUCGCGGCCGACACCGUGGAGACUCCGUGGAGGCUCCUGCGCUUGCCCGUGGGGCCUUUGCACCAAAAGGUCGAAGCCCUUCGAAGCCAGUGGAGCCGCGGUGUGAAGCCGACGCUGGGAGAUGGCGGAAGGGUGCGGCCAGAGUCCGUUACUAUGCAGUUUUACAGCAACCAUAUCGGCAACCACCCAGCGCUUCAGAACAAAGCAGUGACUGUUGUUUCUACCACAUGGCCAGUGGCGAUGGCGCGGCAGGAGAUCUGCCGGCUGAGGCCGCAGAUCCAGAUGCUGAGGAGUUGGAGCUGUUCGGGUCUGACGAGGAGGAGGAGAAGGGCGUCAAGGAGCUCUUCGGCGAUGACGACGAAGGUGAAGAACUUGAGCUGUUCGGCUCUGAAGAGGAGCCCGAGGCGGCAGAGCAGGCUCCCUCUGCGGGCCCUUCUGCACCUGCCGCACAGGCUCAGCCUCCGUCGGUGAUCAGCGAGCUAGACGAGAAAGACAUCUUCGGCGAUUUCUCAGAUGAUGAGCCCGAGAAGGAGCUUAGCAUUGACGUCACUGAGCGCAUGAUGCCAGCUGCCGACAAGGACCUCAUCAGCAUUCGCCUGCCGAACAUGCUGUCUUUCGAUGAUGCACAGUAUCUUGGCAUGGAAUCCAUCACGGACACGCUGAUGGAGGGGUACAAAGAGUACAAGAACACAAGGGGACAAAAUGUGGUGAGCCUGCAAAACCCCGAGAACUGUGUACGAUGGCGAUUGGAGCAGGAUGAAUAUGGCAACAAUGUGUUGGACUCUACGGGGCGGCCCGUUCACGAAUCCAACUGCCGGCUUGUGCAGUGGGAGGAUGAAACGUGGACGCUCUUUGUGGGGGACGAACCCUUCCACAUCACGGAGGUCGCAGAGAGGAAUCCCAUCUUCGAGGUAAACAGCCAGGACGUUUAUGUCUGCCACGGAGCCAUCUCCAACAAGUUAAUCGCUACUCCGAGAUCCAUGGAAUCAGCGUCCCACGACAUGCUAAAGAAGUCCCAGUACCGGAAACACGAGCCCGUGCGGCGAUCGCUUCUUAUGACAGAGACCGAGACUGCAGAAGCAAGGCAGGUGCUGGACAUGGAGCGUGAAAACCGCAAGCUUCGGGAAAGUCGUCAGAAGCAGUGGGCCCAGUGUGCUGCCGUGUCGCCAGUCGGUGCAAAGCGGCCUAGGAUGUUAUGCCACGGGUUGCAAAGUGACUUUCGCUGCUGGUGUUGCGCAAGCGGCUACCCCCAGUACCCCUGCAUCACGGCAUCCCCUCAUAGCCCGAGGCGAGCAAUGGGCGAUACCGCUUUGCCAGCCAUGACGGUUCCUGCGCUGAGCAUUCUCUCUCACGGCACGUUGCCAUUUUCAAGAGUUUGCAAGUGUCUGCGAUACGGUGGGUAG